GCUGUUGUUGAGCAUGGGAGCGAGUCUAUUCUUUGCAGUUCAGCUGAUGCUGAUGGCUCGCCGGACUUUCCUUCUCCCCCUGGAUCUUAUCAAGCCAGCUGUUUAAGCUGUGCACCAUGCCCCCCCACCACCUACACCCAGAGGGAAAACCAGGAACAUCAGUGCCACCCCUGCAGAAGGGACUGCAAACCUGAGUUCAACAUGGAGGUGGUUGAAGUUUGCAGUAGCAAGUCUAACAUGAGAUGUCGCUGCAAGGCUGGGUUCACAUGCACAAAGAAAGACACAGAUGAUAUCUGUUUACGCUGUGAAAAGGAAUUUACUCCAACUACAGUAAAAAUACAUGACAACACCAAGACGACCAAGUCAUCGUGUGAGGAGGGCUCUUUUUUAAGUUCAACUUCUGGACGCUGUGAGAAACACAGAAACUGUACCGCUAUGGGACGUAAAGUGCAGACUGCAGGAAACACCACCUACGACACCAUCUGCCUGUCACAAUCUUCCCCGGCAUCAGGGGAUGCAGCUUUUCAGUGGCAGUUGCCCCUGGUGGUGAUUUGCAUGGCAGUCUUUGCCUUUCUCCUUCUGUUUGCGUUCUUGUACAGUCACAGAGAGGGAGAGGGAGCCUGUCUUAAGCAAUUGCUGAAGAGUUGCUUUCCAGGCAGUGAUAAAGCAGCCAUGAACGCAGCUACACUCCACAAACCCAAGGGGCCAGUGGCAACAGUGGAUUACCAAGAGACUCAUUCUGAUUCAUUGCCAUCAGCCAUGUACAGCAACAGCCCUGCCUCAUCUCAGCCAGGAGCUUUGGGUCCUCUCUACAUAAACCACCCAAGCACCGUCUUUGUCAGCCUACUGAAUCAGUUUGGCUUAGGGGGAGCAGAAGGAGGAGGAGGAGGUGGAGGAGGUGGCCGUGAGAAAGAGCGAGAUUGUGCAGAGUAUGACAACCCGAUGCCUGAGGGAGGUGAAACUCACUCUCCUCCUUCUCCCAUCCCUCUGUCCACAGAAGAAAUGAGCCGGGAGGAGACCUCUGUUCCCUCUCAGGAGCAAGGGAAAGAGAGCCAUAUGUCUAAAGAGGAAGAGCUCUGAUGGAAGAAGUGAGGGCAGGAGGACAGAGAGAAACAGCUGCAUAUACACAGGCAGAGAGAGAGAGAGAGAAACAGAGGGAUAGUUACAGAGAGAUCUAAACAACUAACAUUAACCUGGUGCUCACAGUUAUACAAAACCCUGUUAUUGCCAACUGUCCCUUUAAAGCUCUCUGAGAUAGUAAUCUCACAUGGAUCAGACACAUUUCACUGGUGCACCUACAAUUUCCUCUCAACCUUUUUUGUCAUUUCCUCUGAUAUUUAUCUUCCUUCACUAAAAAUAGAUGUUCACUAACAGGGUGUGGGCAAGUGGGUUAGUUAAACGGUGUCAGAAUAGCCUCUCGUCUGCCAAUCACGUAAUUGACAUCACUCAGGGACCAUCACAUCUGGCCAUCACAUACUUCUGCAGUCUGAUACAGAAAGCCCUGUGUUUUUGUUGAUGUGAUGAUCGAUGAUGAUUUUAACAUAAGGUCCAAAGGCCAGAGAACACAGGCAUCACUAGGACUAAUGUCUACACUUUGUUACCCCUGCUGAAAAAAACAGCUAGAGACUAGUAGCUGGUUUGAGCUGCUUUUAUCUCGUCUUUGCUGGUUUUCUUCCAGCUCUUGCUGGUCUUUGCUGGUGUAGCUGGUUGGGCAACCAGGCGGACAUGCUGGCAUGACCAACUGAGGAAGCUAGUCAUGCUGGUGUGACCAGCCUGUCAUGUCGGAUAAAGCUGGUGUAAGAUGGUCAUGCUGGUGACCAACCUACAAGCUUGACAUUGUUGUAAGAUUGUCAC